AUGAAGAGUUCCACUUCUUCUUCUUCCCCAACAACAAAUUCUUCCAUGGACACAGCCCUCUGCAAAGACAUUGAACAUCGUAUUAAAGCUGUUAUUCGGUAUUCAUUGAAACGAACAGCAGAAGAAGGUGAAAAGUAUGCCAAAGAAAUGGAAAAGGAAAAGUCCAUCAAAAUGCCAAAAACAAACGAAUCCAAAUCCUACUCGUUCAAAGAUUUUCGUCCACUCGAUUUCGGAAUGCUUCGUAAACUCUGUGGCAUGAAUGAUCGUGACUACUUUGCCUCAAUUGGUCACUCCAAAUUUGAAUGGCAUGAAAUGAAUGGCAAAAGUGGUUCCAUGUUUGCCCUUACCGAAGACAGAAAACUCAUGAUCAAAACAAUUUCAAAAGAUGAAAGCAAAACCAUUCGAAAUGUUAUCGUUCCUCAAUUACUGGAAUACAUGAAGAAUGAACCCAAUACUUUCAUUGUCCCAAUAUUUGGUUUACACAAAUUUUCACUCGAUAACAAGUCUGAAUUGAGAUUUGUUGUAAUGAAAUAUCUGUUUCAACCUCCACCAGCACUACCAAGUUCUCAAUUGAGUACAUCAUCUCCAUCGACGAGUAGCUCACUAGUAUCUCCAAGUUCUCCAUCUGGUACCAAUAAUGGAUCCACAACCAUUGGAAAUGGUACUUCUCAUGGCAUGGAAAUGGAUAAAAUUUAUGAUUUGAAAGGUUCGACUACUGACCGUACAGCAAAGGAGGGAGAAACAAUAUUGAAAGAUGUGGACUUGAUGAAUGAAAAUAUCAAAUUUAAUGUGGGACAAGACUUGGCCACUGAGUUGUUAUUCCAAUUUAAAAAGGAUGUGAAUUUUUUAACUUCUUGUGAAGUCAUGGAUUAUUCGCUAGUGGUUGGUAUCAUGCAACCAAAAGAUACUGUCAUGGAUGUGACACUUCAGAAUUAUAUCAAAUACAAUCGAGAAGAAAAAUUACGAGACAAAUUCCAUGUCAUGGCCAACACAACUCCCAACAAACAAGAAUAUUAUUUUUUGGGAAUUGUGGAUUAUUUUACUAAAUAUGGACUCAUGAAAAAAGCAGCAAAAAACAUUAAGAGCAUGAAGAAUGAUCCUUCGACCAUUUCAACCGUGCCACCAAGUAGCUAUUCAGAUCGAUUUAUGCAAUUUAUUUUCAAAAUAUUUGUUUAA